UCAUGAACAAAUCAGUAGCCCAAUGAACAAUGUUAAUCCUGAUUCUAUAAACUGUCCAAUGUUAAUCAAGUUGAUUGAGUUAACAAUCAAUUCUCGAGUUUGUUAAUUGUUGAAUCAGCAACGAGAAGGAGAAAAAAGUUUUUACAAAAGUUAAAUUUCACCAAAACUCAACAAUUAACUUAAUUGUUACAAUUGAAUUUCAUAUCCCUAGAAAACAAUCAACUUGAUUAUCAUUAUCAUGAUAAUAAAUUGAUUGAAGUAAAUUGUUGCCAUGACAUUAAAUCAAAUCAUCAGUAAUAUGAUAAACUGAUCAAUUUAAUCACUGCGAUACUUUUGAUGUUUAAGAUUGUUAAUUAUCAUGAUAAUCAUCAAAACAAUCAACUGAUCUUUGCUAUAAUCAACUUGAACCUUCAUUGAUUUACUUAAAUUGUUACAUCAUUAAUAAUCUUUGUUGUUGUGAUUUAGUUAAUUUUUUUUUGUUUCUCAUCUUGUAAAUCAAACAAAUGGCGAUCGCAAUUGUCAACAAUCAAUUAAAUCAACCAAUUUUAACCUUAAUCACAAUUAACUUAUUGCAGUUGAUUUGUCAAGGUUAUUCAUCUAGUGAUUUUCAACAAUCAACUAAACAACAACAAUUAAUUAAAUCUGCCAAUAACAUGGAUCUAAAUUCAAAGUGUCUCAAUUGUUACACCAAUGUUUACAAUCAACAAUUAAGGAUUUCAAGAGAUUUAAAUAGACGAGGUUCUUUUUGGGUUAAAAUGAGACCAGAGAGAUUAAUUGUUGGACGUCAAGGAUCAACGGUGAUUAUUGAUUGUUUCGUUAAUGAUGAUAACAAUUUCAAUCUGGAUUCUGUUGAUAUAACUUGGCUUAAAGACUCAAAGCCUUUGCUAUUUGGAUCAAGGAUUCAACUAGUAAAAGUCAAUCGUCUUAAAAUUGUAUCACUUACAAGACAAGAUAAAGGUGUCUAUCAAUGCCUUGCUUCAUCAUCAUCAUUAUCAUUAUCAUCCCCAACACCAUCAUCCUCAUCCUCAUCCUCAUCCUCAUCCUCAUCCUCAUCCUCAUCCUCAUCAUCAUCAUCAUCAUCAUUAUCUCCAGCUAAUCCCUUAACAGCAUCCGAUUACGUUGAGAUAAUAAUUCAUGAUGAACCUCCAACUAUUAGGGAAAAAUUUUACUCUCAAAGUUUAAAUCCAGGAUUACCUGUAAGCCUGAAAUGCUCAGCAACCGGAAGUCCACUGCCUAAAAUAAGAUGGUACCACUAUGCUAAGCCGUUGUCCCAUACAUCGUAUCGAAACAAGAAACGAGUCUCUCAUUAUGAGAAUGGAUCAGAUUUAAUAAUCUCUUGGCUUAAUGUCACCUCAAUUGACCCCGAAGACGGUGGACUUUACACUUGUGAGGCGUUUAAUGAGAUCGGUUUGGCUCGUUCAUCGGCCUCCAUCCAGGUAACUGGUCCACCUUUCGUCCACCCGAUGGACAAUAUAACCCUUGGAACACAGGAAACUCUGGCCAUCCACUGUCCAUACAGCGGUUAUCCAAUUGAAACGAUAACAUGGACCAAAGAAGGACGUGAUUUCGUUGCAUCUCGAGGUGUUAAAAGUCAUCCUAAUGGUACGUUGACACUUGUUGAUGCUCAUCCGGAAGACGAGGGUUGGUUCAAAUGUGAAGUUAAAAAUAAAGAAGGUCAAACAGCGACCGGGUCACUUUACAUUGACAUUAUCGAAAAACCAUCAAUCAAUCCGUUCAUAUUUGGUUCUGACCUUCGUGAGGGUAUGAGAGCCACAGUAGUUUGCUCAAUCGGCCUGGGCGAACCUCCGUUCAGAAUAACCUGGCUUAAAGAUAGCGUUCCAAUCGAUCAUGGUAAUCCUGAUUUACGCAUUGAAGCUUUGGGCGAUUUCACCUCAAGCCUGAAAAUAACCGACAUCAGACGGAAACACAGCGGCAAUUAUACUUGUAAAGCGGCCUCAGCUCGAGCUCCAGAUAUAUAUUCAAUUCAUACGGCUCAGUUGAUUGUCCAAGCUGCUCCCAAAUGGAUAUUAAAACCUUUAGAAAGAUAUUCAACCAUUCGUGGAUCUAAAGUUCUGAUGAAUUGUCAAGCUGAAGGAAUCCCACCGCCGGUUUAUCAAUGGAAAAAGGCUCGACGAAGUGAGUCAUCAGCUUCCAAUGAAUUGAUUGGAAUCGUUAGUGGCCCUCAUAUCCAUGUAUUGGAAAAUGGCUCCCUGGCAAUCAUUGAUUCCUCCAAGCUUGAUGAAGGUGAUUACGUUUGUGAGGUGACCAAUAAUAAAGGUCCUUCUUUAACGUCCAUAUCACGGCUUGAAGUUCAUGAUCCAGUUCAUUUCAUCAAAUCAUACGAAUUAAUCAAAGUUGAAGCUGGACUUAAGGCUGAGAUAAUCUGUGAUCCAUUGGGUGAUCAACCAAUCGAUAUAAAUUGGAAUCGAUUACCUUCACAAUUACCACCAAAUUUCAAUAGCAAUUCUGUAAACACUGCGAAUGGACUCAUGAGCUCAACCAGUGACGGUGGUGGUCGAGAGAUGCUUAGUGGCUCCAAUUCACAUCACUCAGCAUUCUUAUUAUCAUCAAGAUUCCAGAUUAAUCAAGAUGUUAAUGGUAACAGAGUUUUGUCACAUGUAACCUUAGAAUCUCCGUUAGUUGAAGAUUCAGGGAGUUUCAUGUGUACGGCGAGUAAUUCAUUUGGUAGAGCGGAAAAAACGAUCCAUCUAAUUGUCCAAGGUUCACCUCGAUCUCCUCGUAAUUUACGUUCCGUUGAAGUGGCGAGUCGCGAUGUGACCAUUGCCUGGGAAGCUCCUGAUGAUGGUAACAGUCCAAUUCUUGAUUAUCUAAUACAAUAUACAUAUAAUAAUGGUAUUUGGACCAAUUCGUUUGAGACAACAUCGGUUAAUCCUAAAGAAUGUACCGCCUUGAUAACUGGCCUUUUACCAGAGACAAUUUAUCGAAUUCGAGUUCUAGCUCAGAAUACUUUCGGUCGGAGUGAUCCAUCAGAUGAAAUAACUGUAAAAACAGAAGAAGAAGCACCAGGAGAGGCUCCAAAUAAUGUGAGAAUUGAAUCGAUUAGUUCACAAUCACUGAAGAUCAUUUGGAAUAAUAUUGGACGAACCAAGAAGAUUGAAGGUUAUCAUGUUGGCUAUCGUCAGGUUCAUGGUUAUAAUUCAAUGAGUGAUACAUUUAACUUUAAAUCGAUGAGUUUAAAUGAUACACUUAGACAAUUAGAUGAAUUGUCCUAUCAACUAACUGAUUUAAAGAGAAACACCAAAUAUGGACUAAUAAUCAGACCUUAUAAUAAGAAAGGUCCGGGAAUCACAUCGGAGGAAAUUUACACUCAAACUCUUGAAUUUGAUCCACCGGGUGAGAUUAAUGUAAGAGUUAACUUGGUCACCCAUCGAUCAUUAACCAUUGAAAUUGUGGAACAAGAUGAAAUUAAUCCAAUCAGUGGUUAUUUGGUUAAUUACAAGACAAAUUCGGACGAUUGGGAAGAGAUUAAAAUCUUGGGACAGAGGAAAAAUUUUCUUCUUGAAGAUUUAAAAUGUGGAACCAAAUAUACAAUUUCAAUCGUCGCGUUCAACAAAGCGGGUCCUUCGCACGAUAAUCAAUUGGUCCAUUCGUCGACUUCUGGUAAUGUGCCUUCACCAGGAUCAUUGGAAUCACUUCUAACUGUUAAUUCAACGUCCGCCUUAAUUGAUUUAAGUGCCUGGAGUGAAAAUGGUUGUCCCAUCAUAUCCUAUGUGGUUCAAUAUAAGCAACACUUUCAAACUGAUUGGAUUAUGUUUUCAAAUAAUAUUAUGCCUUCACAGGGGAAAUUGAUUAUUCCUGAUUUAAUACCUGCCACUUGGUACGAUUUACUGAUGAUCGCUAAUUCUGAGCCUGGAACGACCGAGGCUCAAUAUUUGUUUGCCACUUUAACUCUUACUGGAGGAACAAUUCCACCAAUCACUUCUAAUACUUACUCCAAUUGGGAAUUAAACCUUGGUGAUCCUGUGGUUUUAGCUCCUAUUUUAUGUGCUUUCAUUGUGUUCAUAGUUAUAUUUAUUACUAUUGCUAUUCUCAUGUCAACUAAACACCAACGAACCGAUACUUCCCAAGAGACUUAUAAUACAAAUGAUAGACAAAAAAUGGAAAGUCUAUCCAUGUCUUCAUUUGCCCUUCCAGUUGAAUCUUCAAUUGAUGGUAAAAAGAUUUACGAAACUGUCCAACGUAAAUCAGGGUAUGGAUCUUAUUAUACUUCACCUUAUGCCGCUAAUCGUUUAGCUUUUUGUGAACAAGAAGUCGCUUUAACGUCCAAUUUACAUCAAAUUCAACGACAUUCACGAAUGGAUCCUGAUCCUCCCUACGAUGUCCUAUUAACCCGAAAUUUCCGGCCCAAUUCACCUGGUUAACAUACGAAACAUCAUCAUCAUCAUACCAAAGAUUUUACUCCUAAUAUUUUUUCCCGUUUUCUUUCAGAUUCAAACGAUCAUUUCGAUCAAUAUACAACUAAUUAACCAAUGCCAUGAACAAUCAAUCUUUUUUUCUCUCUCCCUCUCUUUUGAUUUCCAAUUGUUGCAACUUUAAUCUCGAUGUUAAAUAUUAUUAAUAUAACUGUUAAUAUCGAUAUUAUCGACUACUUAUACGAAUACUUUUACUCACUUAACUGUAAUAAUGAUAAUUUAAUAACUUUGCUUCAGAGUUUAACAAUCGUUAAAUCAGAAGCAAAAAAGAUUGUGCCUCAUUAUAUUGGUUUAAUUAACCUAAUGUCCAAAGCGAAAACAUUUAAAUCAAACUAACAAUUUGAUUAGCCAACAAAAAAAAGAGAAAUGUAAAUUCACCAACAAUUGAUUCCAAUAUAAAAUCAAUCAACUUAAACAUUGUCUUUUUUUUAAUUGUUACACAUACCUGACAAUUUGAGCUCAAAAUAGAAAACAAUUAAUUUCCAAAAUUAACUCUGAUGAUCAAAAAUUAGACUAAACAAUAAAUGUAAUAUAAAACUU